AUGGAUAAAUUCCGAAUGAUCUUCCAGUUCCUUCAGUCUAACCAAGAGUCAUUCAUGAAUGGAAUCUGUGGCAUCAUGGCUCUUGCCAGUGCACAGCUGUACGUUGUUUUUGAUUUCAACUGCCCAUGUCUCCCAGGUUACAAUCUGGCCUAUGGAAUGGGUAUCCUGUUUGUGCCACCCCUAGUCUUGUUCUUGAUGGGAUUCGUGAUGAAUAAUAAUGUCUCCAUGUUGGCUGAAGAAUGGAGGAGGCCCACAGGGAAGCGGCAGAAAGACCCAGCUGUCUUGCGUUACAUGUUCUGCUCCAUGGCACAGCGGGCUAUGAUUGCUCCUGCUGUUUGGAUUUCAGUCACACUGCUGGAUGGAGAAUGCUUCAUAUGUGCCUUCAGCACCUCUGUGCCGGUAGAGAAGCUGGGGAAUGACAGCUAUAUAGGCCUAUCUGAGAAGGCCAUGAGGAGGAUUCUGGCCCGAAUUCCCUGCAAAGACAUUUACAAUGGACAGCAACUUAUCGCCAGAGAAGUGGCGACCAGGUACCUGCGCUGUGUCUCACAGGCAAUGGGCUGGUCCUUCGUGCUCCUGAUGACCUUGAUGGCAUUUCUUGUCCGAUCCUUACGUCCCUGCUUCACUCAAGCUGCCUUCCUGAAGAGUAAGUACUGGUCCCACUACAUUGACAUUGAACGCAAGCUCUUCGAUGAGACCUGUACUGAGCAUGCUAAAAGCUUUGCCAAGGUUUGCAUCCAACAGUUCUUUGAAGGCAUGAACAAGGACUUGAGCAUGGGUCACUCACACUUGCCUGAGAAGGCACCUUCAGAAGCAGGGGAAGAGAAGGAAAAACUACUGGGCAUCAUGGAUCAAGGAACCAUGAAUAAACUUCUGAAGAACUGGCACAAAUGUAAGCCUCCUUUGUGCCUUAACCAAGAGGAGUUCCAGAAUGGGAGUUGUUGGGCAGGAGAAAUUAUACGCCCCUACCCACCUAAGAGAGAAUAUGCAACCUAUUACAGCAAAGUCUGAGGAUGGAGUGGACGUGAACAGAGAACAGGUAUCACUUUAGAGAGAGCUUCAAGGGACCUUUCUCAUCAAAGAGAUCCAGCAAUCAUUCAGAAUGCAUACAAAACACCUUUCCAGAAGUGUCAUAUCUCCAUUUUCCACAGGGCAGAACAGAAUUAAGGAUGUUAGCAUGGAGUAAAACUACGAACACAGACAGCACUCAGCAACUGAGUUGGUUUGGGAGAAGGGAGAAGUUUGGGAGAAGGGGCAGGUGAUAACUGAAUCAGAUGGCUGCUGUGAUAAAACUAGACUGAUGUUAAAACUAAGAGAUGGUUCAUCUUUGGCACAAUGUAUAAGCUCAGUGUUGUUUUCAGUAUGCUAUUUAUUCCCCGCUAAACCAUGAACGGUAGAGCAUCCCUCUGCAUUUGUCUCAGCAACAGGCAACGUCAAAUUUGGAUAUGAAAAUCCAUACCAUCUGCAAUUAUUAUCUGCACAAAAAUCACUUGCCAAGUUUCCAAUGAAGGUGAAGGACACAAAACCUAAUUUUGGGUUGCUGUUUUUUAAAUUAAAAGCACAAAACAAAGAAUACAGACAUUUGUUAAUGAAUACAUGUAUGUUGGUGGAAAAACACCCAGGUUUUCAGGCCUUGCAAGUAUGCUUCAGGCAGAAACCAAAAGCACAACGCCAGUAUUUCAGGGACACUAGAGGGCACUAUAAGCCAGCAAUACGUUCCUAUUUCUGCCUUUAUUGUACACAAGAGUUCCUUUGGCUUUUAUCGCAGACAAUGAAGUCACUGGGACAAUCAAAACCUGUGUUCUACCUGGGUUUGGGAGCUGUGUGUGCUCUCAAUUUUCAGUUGUGUGUAAGCAACUUAAGAGGAAAA